ACUCAGCUGGAUCGGAGUUAGAGGGUCGUCAUCGGGUUGAACGUGUGUUGAACUCGGAGGUGCCGUGCGUUCGGUACUUGAUCGGUCGGAUCGUGAAGACGUACGACUACAUCAACCGCGUUGUGCUAACGCUUCCGCUUUCGGUCUACGAGGGUACGUGGACAACACUCUCCCCUCUCGUUGCUAUGCAUCACCAUGAUCUUGUGUGUGCGUAGGAAUUUUUUUGGAAAUUACUACGUUCCCCAACAAUCGCAACCUUAUAAGGAUAGUAAAUACAUGUUCCAAUCUGGAUUUCAGAGCAUUAGUGCUUCAGUACAUGCCCAAUGGCACUUUAGAUGCACUCUUGCACUACUCUCAAAGCACAAGGCACUUCGGGUUAUUGGAGAGGAUAGGCAUAAUGCUUGACGUGGCUAUGGCAAUGGAGUAUCUGCAUCAUGAGCACCACGAGGUGGUCUUGCACUGUGACUUUAAGCCAAGCAAUGUGUUGUUUGAUGAGGACAUGACCGUGCAUGUAGCAGACUUCGGCAUUGCAAGGUUGCUACUAGGUGAUGAAACCUCUAUGAUCUCUGCGACCAUGCCUGGGACUGUUGGGUACAUGGCACCAGAAUAUGGAUCGUUUGGAAAAGCAUCACGAAAGAGUGAUGUGUUCAGCUACGUCAUCAUACUCCUUGAAGUCUUCACUAAAGGGAGACUCACGGAUGCAAUUUUUGUUGGGAAUCUAACAUUGAGACAAUGGGUUUUUGAGACAUUCCCCGAUGACCUUGUUCAUGUUGUGGAUGGCGAUCUACUGCGAGGACCUUCUUCUAGCCGCCACCUGGAAGUCUUUCUUGUGCCAAUAUUCGAGUUGGGUUUGCUCUGCUCCUGCGACUCUCCUGACCAAAGGAUAACGAUGACGGAUGUGGUCGUGAAGCUGAAGAAGAUCAAAGUGGAGUAUACCAAAUGGAGUGCAACCCAAUGAUUGAUCCUUUUCUUUUCUAUAUGUGGCUGUCUUUUUCUUCUUCAGUGCCAAGAAUAACAUCAGCUUCUACACAGUACUCACCUAAUUAUGUUGUUAUAUGUCUCUUAUGAAAGAGUUAUAUCCAUAAACCAAAUC